AUGCCUCCUAUCCGCGUGGGUAGGCGUAGGCCUACCCCUAGGCCUAGGCCAGCGGUAUCACCACAACAAGCUCGCCGGCCAAAAGCCGAGCUUGAUGCAUAUACACGCACAAAGUUCGUGGAGUUAAAGGAUGUGGCCGGCUGGACCUUCCAGCAGAUUGCUGAUUAUUAUACCGACUAUUCAAUCAAUACAAUCAAGACUUCCUACUAUCGAUCACGUUCAAGAAUCAAUAACGAAACCUCGCCGCGCUCUGGCCGACCACGCAAGCUUAAUGAAGCUGAUAAAACUAAGCUUCUUGAAGCUAUUGAUGAGAAUCCUCGUAUUACGUACGAAGAUCUUCUUACUACUGUCGAUAACAAGGUUAAGCGGCACUCGAUCUGGCGGCUUUUACACGAAGAGGGCCGACGCAAGUGGCUUGUUCUCGAUCGGCCAGGCUUAACGCCCGCCCAUGCCGCCCAAAGACUUCGGUGGGCACGCACCUAUGAAUAUUUUACACCUAAUGAUUGGGCUCGUGUGUUCUGGUCUGACGAAUGUACAGUUGAGCGUGGAAUUGGCGAGCGCCGCGAGUAUACUUUUACUCCCCGCAAUAAACAAAUUCAAGAGCGUGACGUUCGUGGAGUUCCGACGAAGGGGAAACAAGUGAAACAGAUGUUUUGGGCUGCAUUUUCUGGAGCUACGCGUCGUACUGGCUUAGUUCCACUAUUCCGAAACCCAGAAUCAAACCGCCGAGGCAUUGAUUCGACUGUGAUUCGUGAUCUAUACGUUCGAGUCUUACCUACUUUGUUCCUUCAUCGAGAUGGUAUCUUUCAACAAGAUAAUGCCUCUACACACACAGCGUAUAUCGUCCGGGAUGCGCUACAGGAACUAGGUAUCGAAGUUAUGGAAUGGCCUGCGAAAUCUCCUGAUUUGAAUCCUAUUGAAAACCUGUGGACAUUGCUUAAAGAUAUGAUCUAUAAGCUACAUCCUGAGCUUAAGACUAUGCGCAAUAACGAUACUACACAUACUGCUUUGAUUGCUGCGGCGCAAGAGGCUUGGGAUGCGUUAGAUCUUGAUAUACUAGCCAAUUUAUCGGCUACGAUGCCUCACAGGGUACAGGCAAUUAUUGAGGCAGAAGGGUGGUAUACAAAAUACUAG